GGUUGUUUUUCCUCCUGAAGCAGCUGGAGACUUAAAACUGUGAAGACAUGGCUGCAGGGAUGAAUAACAACAAAAAAACGUUUUUCAGGAAGCCCCUUCAAGAAACAUGGAUUACAACUGUGGUGGUGAUCCUAUAUAUGGUCGGGUGUGUAGUGCUGAUCAUCUUGACAGAAAGAGGACUCCUUCUGAACAGCCAGAGCUUUGAAUGUAGGAACAGUGAAAAGGAUACGACCAGGCUGCAACAGGAGUCCUCGCUGGUUUACAUGUCGGCAGGGAUCAGUCUGCCAAUCUGUGUCCUGCUACUGGUGAAACUCUGGAUAACGAGGACCCCGCUGUCAUGUCUGUUAGUGAUUAUGGCCUGUGUCCUGUUCGGGGUCAUGGCUGCAUUUUUUACAAAGACUUGGGUGAACGAGACUCAGGAAAUAGAAGAGUUUGAGGAGCGCUACUUGGCCCUGAUACCUCUGAUUCAUACACCAAGAAACACACAAACCUGUCAUGGACUCAACAAUGUGUACCGCUGGCAGGCUGAGUUUAAGUGUUGUGGACUCAAAGGCUACAAAGACUGGUUGUCCACCAUCCCAGACUCCUGUUUCUGUGAAGCAGGACAGAACAACAGCUCUGGAUGCGUUGAAGUUGGAAACAGCCUUGUUUAUGAGAAGCCUUGUCUUCCUGCAGUCCUAUCCCUUCUAGGAAAACGUAGCUCCACGUUUUGGAUCGUCAUGAUAGUUUGGAUCAUCAUUGCUGGUCUUCCAGUUGCCAUCCUUCUGCUGGGCAUAUUGUUUAUAAUUUUCAUAUGCUGUAAAGAGUGCAUCGUGGACGAUGGUUGUUAUGAGCUGAGUGUUUGGAGAUACAAAAGGAAUGGAGGAGAGGACAUGGUUCCAGUGGUGUUCAUCAGAAAGGACAACAAUAAGCAAACGGAGGAGGAGAACCUGGAAGGAGUGGAAACAAAAGAAAGUGGCAAGGAAGAAAGUGUAGUCUUAGAUGUGGCGGAUGGAACAAGUGCGAAGGAAGAGGAACAGAAAGCGGAGGAGGGGCACUGCGACGACUACCUGAUGAGGAGGAUCCCUGUGUCACAGCUGAAGAGGCUGCAGGAGGAGCUGGACCCACCGCCGGUCCAGCACCAGGCUCAAUGUUUGUGUAUAGGUACCCGUAAAACCAGGAACUUCUACAUUAUCUGGAUAGAGGAGGGUUCACCGCUGUUACCCAGCAAUGCCGUGUUGGCCGACGCAAACAAACCACCUUUGGGCUGUGGUUGGGCAGAGGGACCCCAUGUUUUUGCAGUUGAGGAUAUUGUUUGGCCGAAUUGGAGAGAAUAUCACAAAAAUGUAAUAAUCACGCUUGAACCUGGUCAAACUGGGGCCCUAGGCUGAUUGGACGUAUGUUGAUUGUGCAGCAAUGCGUGCAAUACUAUAGACCGUAGACCUCUUUUGUCUCCUCUCCACUCAGUUUGCACUGGCGUAAAUGUUUUGACCUAAAUAUCGCAGGUUUUAGGUUUUAACAUUUUGAAAAAAGUAAACUAACUGAUUUGUAAGGAAUAACUUGUAGUGGCCUACAAAUUUGUGGUGGGUCUUGGGUCUUCUCUAUAUUUUACUCUUAUUUCAAAAUUCACACAAUAAAGUGAUAAUUUAUGCACUUUGGCCUGGGUUGAAACAUGUCAUAUAGUGUUGGAUUGGACCGCUGUGAAAUUUUAUAUAGACACUCAUGGUCCCCAGAGGCUGAAUCCCAAGUUUUUCUUUUGUUAUCAUCCCUAAAAAAGCUCACUGCGCAAACCAGAAGUCUCUCGUUCCAUCUCGCUGUGCUGGACAAACCUGUUGACUGUACUGAAAAGCCUGUGCCUUCCUGCUCCGGUGCUGGAGACAGCAUUCAUAUAACUACGUUUAUGAUGCAGUAAAUGUGUUAGAAAAACAACAUGGCGUCAAACUUAUGGCUGUGUGCCGGGAAACGGUGCGUUUAGAAGUUGUUGCCUAGCAAUUCCCCUCAGACUUCCCCUCAUUCCACUUCAACUAAUCUAAUACAAGCAGAGCCCUGACCUCUGGCUGACUGCAGUUAAUGUAAACAGCAGUAAAUCAUCUGAAGUCUCUGUGGGCGAGAGAGACCUGAUCACUGCGGCCGAGUCACAUAAGAUUUUUCUUGACAAAACAUUCAUGCAAAUAUUAGUGACGUUUAAAAUUAGUUUUGUAAGGAAACAAUGACACUGCUUAUGCCAAUUCCUCUUAUAUUUCUUUGGUUUUUAUCUUAUCUGUGUGUUUACUGUAUACAGAUCCAAUAUACUUUUAGAUAAGUUAUUUUUAUAUAUUUUUCUGCACAUUUGUAUCUCUCACCAGUUCAGCACGGAUGAUUAUAUGAGACAUUUGUCUGCCUCUCUGGUUUUAUCAAGCACUGAAUGUAUUUUGCAGUAAACUGUGUGCUACACUUUCAUGUUCUGAUUGUGUUUUGUUUUUAAAGUAUUUUUUGUUUCCUUUUUAUUUUGUUUUCAGUACGGUUCUAGUGGUUUCUUGAUGAUGUUUUCACACAAAUAAAUCCUCAAUCACA